AUGGCCAUCAUCAACCACGUCUUCGAGGUCGCCCACGUCGUCGCUCGCGCUGCGACCGAGACGGCCUCUGCGACAACGUCAGACACCACCAGCCCGCAGACUGCCAUUCCCUCCAACACGAAUAGCAGCAAUAACAACAACAAGGGCGGCGGCUCUAGUUCUCCGCUGCUCUUCUUCGUUGCGCUGGGAUUCGGAGUCGUCUUCACCAACUUGUGGAUCAUCGUUGGCGUCAAGUACUGCUUUCGAUACAAUGCUCGCAACCGGGCUCGCAUGACCAAUGAAGAUGGCGAGCCCAUCACCCUCGAAAACAUGCCUCGCCCUCACCGUAGGAGACGUGAGAAGAAGCUCAUGACCAUGGACGAGGUCAACGACAAGUUCCCCAUGAUGAAGUACAAGACGUGGGUUUCGCAGCGGGCUCGGGAAGGACUGCCCACUGCGGGAGGCGUCGGAACCCCCAGUCGGCCCAAUAGCGUCCACCACGUAGAGGGGGCUAUCCCCGAUGUUGCUGCCAAAGAACGCGCCUCGGCCGAAGUCAAGCCCGUUCAGGAAGACGCCUCUACAGCCACCAAAACCGAACAGGACAAGGAGAUUGCUGUGAAGCCAGAUGACGACAAGAAGGACGCCACGACGAUCGCCGAGACGCCCGAGGAUGGACCCGUCAAGCCCAUUUCCCACCUGAAGCGGACGACGACCGAAGAGGAGGAGGACGAAGAGGACGAAGAGGACGACGAGCAGAUUAAUGCCGCCCUGCCGCCAGAACUUCUCAACACGUCUGGCGAUACCUGCGCCAUCUGCAUCGAUACCCUCGAAGACGACGACGACGUCCGCGGCCUGACCUGUGGCCACACUUUCCAUGCCGUCUGUGUCGACCCAUGGCUGACCAGCCGUCGCGCAUGCUGCCCGCUGUGCAAGGCCGACUAUUACGUCCCGAAGCCCAGGCCCAACCCCGAGGGUGAUGCCGCCGCGGCUGGCAACAACGCCAAUCUCGAUCCGCGCCAGAAUUCCCGAAUGAACCUGCCCGUGGGCUUUGCCAGGACUUGGUUCCGCAGUUCGGGCAAUCGUAAUGAUAGCAGUCGUCACAGCGACAACAACUCGAGGCCCCCCUCUUCUCUGCUGCGAUUGCCAGGACGGCGACGGGCACAGGCGGCAGCACUUGACGCGGCGACGGAAGCUCAGCAGAACCCAGCAGCCACCAAUGCCACAGAGCAGGCUCGGCCAUCAGCUCCCGUCACCAUGCUGUCGUCUGUCCGGCACGCUAUCCGCUUUGGACGAACAGUUGAGCCGCCUCCGAGAAUGAAUGCAACGGAGACGGUGACCCCUUCACAGCUGGAGUCGGGCACUCGGUGA